GGCUUGCUUGGACUAGUACUGGACUCUACUUCUACUGCUGCUGCGCUUCCCUGCUUGUACCAGCCGAGGGAGAGAGAGAGAGAGAGAGAGAGAGGGGCAGCCACUCCCUCUCCUCCUCGUCGUCGUCGUCUCCACCGGUGGAGGUCUCAGCCCUGGCUCCAGCGAGGUAGGGUGGGAGGGGAGUGAUUCAUGGAGGGGAUGGAGGAAGCAAACAGGGAGGCAGUGCAGAGCUGUCACAGGGUGCUCACCCUCCUCUCCAGCCCCCAUAGCCAGCUUGUCCCUAACAAGGAUCUCGCGGCGGCUACGGGAGAGGCUGUUGCAAAGUUCUGCUCCGUGGCAUCCAGGCUGAACAAUGGCAAUGGCCUCCAGGGCCAUGCCCGGGUUAGAAAGAUCAAGAAGCCCUUGCCUAUCUUUGAUAGCAACCUCUUUUUGGAGAGCCCUGCACUGGCUGUGGCGAUGGCAGCCAAGACACCUAACUCGAGUCCGAUCACUAGCCUCCAGCUGUUUCCGAGGUACCAUCAGAUGGAGGGCUCUUCUUCAAAGGAUCCUGUUAGGAUCCCUGCCCAAUUCCCCAAAAGGUUGCUUCUAGAUAACCCUGCGGUUGAUUCGGAUGGGCCAUCACGGGGGCCACCGCUCCAGCUCAUCCAGCCGGUGUCUGUUGCGCCCCCAGCUGGAACGCCUCACCCGGCAUUGCCUUCGGCGCAUCUUCAUUUCAUCCAGCAGCAUCAGAGCUACCAGAGGUUUCAGCUCAUGCAGCAGAUGAAGAUGCAGAGUGAGAUGAUAAAGAGGAGUGGCCUUGGUGAACAGGGUGGUAGCAAUGGUGGUGGUAAGGGUGUUAAUCUCAAGUUUGACAGUUCUAAUUGCACGGCAUCAUCCUCCCGUUCAUUCUUGUCGUCUCUGAGUAUGGAGGGGAGCAUUGCGAGUUUGGACGGUAGCCGCUCCAGUCGUCCAUUCCAGCUAGUUAGUGGGUCACAGACGUCAAGCACUCCAGAGUUAGGCCUCAUGCAGAGGAGGAGGUGCACUGGUAGGGAGGAUGGUAGUGGACGAUGCACAACUGGGAGCCGAUGUCACUGUGCGAAGAAAAGGAAGCUGAGGAUAAGGAGGUCUAUCAAAGUCCCUGCAAUCAGUAAUAAGGUUGCUGACAUUCCAGCUGAUGAGUUCUCAUGGAGGAAGUAUGGACAGAAGCCAAUAAAAGGAUCCCCACAUCCUAGGGGUUACUAUAAGUGUAGCAGUGUAAGAGGAUGCCCAGCCAGGAAGCAUGUUGAGAGGUGCGUCGACGACCCCUCGAUGUUGAUUGUUACCUAUGAAGGUGAUCACAAUCACAACCGGGUCCUAGCUGCCCAGCCAGCCUGAUCGACAUUUCAGGCUUUCAGUCGCCGGAUCACUUCGAUAGCAUCCCUUUCUAGACAAGAGAUUAAAAAGUAAAAAAAAAAAGAACAAGAGGAGCCUAGUUUGUACAUACUGCUCUGUUCCUAACUGUUGGGUGGUAGAGACAGCUCUUGCAGAAGAAUCCAUGGCGAAAGGAAUUUACCGCAUAGAUGGAGUAUUUUCUCAUCGGAGACUCGUAAUUUUGUAGCCUUUUCUCUCCUUUUUAUUUUGCCCUCUUCAUGUUGGUCCUAGAAACUAUCUUGUGUUGCAGUGUGACAUUCAGCUGCUGCAGUUAUAUGUCUGGGGGUGUGGUGGUGGUGAAGGUGAUUUACUGUUUAGAGGAUUGGAGAGGACAGUGCCUGUAAAAGUGGCAACACCUAGGAACAAAAUGUACCCUCAUCUUCAGUCUGGAAUGGUAGUACAAUCUUUGUUGUGAUGGGAA